AUGCAUGUUUACGUAAUGUUAUGACACACUUGAUCUUGUUUUAUUUUUCUUGCCUUUUGUAACGUUCAACUCUUCUGAAGGCUAUACUAGCGCGCCAUGGACCUACGACUUCUUUGGCAUAGGGCUUCAGCUGAUCAAGUCGUCUAUUUCCAGAUUGCUUCCAGCAGUGCUAGAAGCGAAUACUUCAACUGGCGCUCAUGCACUUCUUUUCGGUUUUUUAAUUGUGCAUAAGCGCUACUAUUUGUUUUUAAAGGCCAAGCUUCAGGACCCACUGAGUCGAAACGUUGACAUGCUGAGCACAGGCGUCAGGGAGCAUUUGUGGUACAGCCUCAAUUCCAUAUGUUACUAAAUCUCAUACAUCGCGGCAGGUGUACAUGUGCAUUCUAGGGGCGCUUGGUCUGUCAUCAUUACCGCCAUCGUCCUGGUGCUUCCAAACAAAAACCACAAAGCGCGCGGGGUUUAUUUCUUCUUCGGAACCUUGGUUUUUGCCUUGGCGGCAGGAGCCUCUGCGGCAGGUACAGGAGGUCACACACUGGUGUAGGGGCACCCUUGGUGGGUGGGCUUGGUACAGCUCCGGAAGCAGCACCGCCAGUAGUGGGAGCGCCUGUGUAUCAACAGUGAUCCCAGCAAAGUAAUCGAAGAUUGUAAAAUAUCAAACGCCUGUCAGACGUCACCCAAAUAGAGACAAAGGUCAGGCAUACCAGUCUUAGCAGCUUUCUUUGCAGCGGCCAUCGUGUAUUAUUUGCACGAGAGAAAAGUAUGAGCGAGGGUGUGGUUGUGGUAGUCGAAUGGAGUACAACCAGACAAUCUUUUAUAGUCCUCGCGCAGCCCUGCCCUCACCUUCGGCAGAGUUCGUACCGUUUCUCCCUGUGGAUCGCAAAUUUCGCAGCUGUAUCCAGUUCCGGAACUAUCGAUGUCCAAGAUGAGUUUGGACUGUGUCAGUUCAGGGAUAUUUUCGCGCCAUUUACGC